UGCUCACAUGCCCUUCGCUCCUCUCCGAUUAUUUGAUUCACCGACGGAGGCCAAGGAGAAACCGGCUGCUAGCUAGUAUCGCAUACCCCAGUUUAGUAUAGCGCUCGCUGUUACUCUCUAGUCGGUGAGUGCAAUCGAGCUUGGCAUAAUGAGCUGCAACGGCUGCCGGGUGCUGCGCAAGGGCUGCAGCGAGGCCUGCGUGCUCCGGCCCUGCCUGCAGUGGAUCGACGCCGCCGACGCGCAGGGCCACGCCACCGUCUUCGUCGCCAAGUUCUUCGGACGCGCAGGACUACUCUCCUUCAUCUCCGCCGUCUCCGACGACCAGCGCCCUGCCUUGUUCCAGUCGCUGCUGUACGAGGCGGCGGGGCGCACCAUCAACCCGGUCCACGGCGCCGUGGGCCUGCUCUGGACGGGGAGCUGGCACCUCUGCCAGGCCGCCGUGGAGACCGUGCUGCGGGGAGGCGUCAUCGGCCCGCUGCCGGACCUCGCCGGAUCAGGAUGCGGCGCCGUUGCCGGUGGGGACCUCUACGGCGGCAGCAGCGGUGCCUCUGCCAAGCGCGCCGGCGGGUGGUCGACCUUCUCCACCGCCAAGAGGGCGAGGAAGUCGACCGAGGCGCCCGCCCCGUCGUGCGAUCUCGGCCUCUGCCUGAGCCCAAGGUCUCCAGCAGCGGCCAUGCCGCGGCCGGGGACGCCGUCCGUCAGCUCCGACGGGUCCGUCACCACCACCACCACCACCACAAGCAGCGGCGGCGGCGAGCGGGAGGCGGUGCUGCUCAACCUUUUUCUCUGAGACCGCCUUUGACGACUAGCAGCUAGUCUCCUCAUCCAUGCGCAUGCGCUGGCUGGAUCCUGGCAGGCGGCCAAGUAUUAGUAGAUUUUCCCGCCGGCUAGCCUAGUUUUUCUACUGGCCGCCAGAUUAUUAAUUUUGCUGUGUACGUAGCGUAGAGAAGAAAUCUACCGGCCGGCCCCGUUUGCGUGGGCGAGAUGAGAGCGCCGGUGGCCACACCUCGAGAGUAACCUUCUUUUUUUUCAUCUUCUUUUGUUCCUCUUCGAAUUACCAAUACGUACUAUGAAUAAAAACGAAAAUUAAGCUC